CCUCCUUCCCUACCCUCCCGGUGCACAAUGGUACAGCCAGCAUCUUGCAGCACAAUGGUUGCAAGGUGUCGGUGAGCUGGGGAAGAGUGAAUCAGCAUCAGCUAAUCUUUGCGUCUUGAUUUCUGCUUUUUUUUUUUUUUUUUUUUAAUCAUUGUAUUAAUUUGGCAUAUAUAUUGAUUUUUUUAAAGCAACUUCCGUCUCCCAUUUUCGGGAUCCCUGCAGCCAUGAUGACCGCAAUGCUUCCCAUUAGGAUGUUUUGAACUGGACUAGGUUUGUCAUCAGCUGGCACGGAAUGGUAUUUAUGAGUAGACAUUUCUUAUACAACUGCAGCCAACCGAUCCUGGAUGUGAAGAUUGCCUUUUGUCAGGUGUGUGUCCCUUACAGGUAAAAAAAGAAAAGGGUUUUGGAAAACAAGUGGAUGUGUCAUAUAUCGCCAAGCAUUACAACAUGAGCAAAAGCAAAGUGGACAACCAGUUCUACAGCGUGGAAGUGGGAGACUCCACCUUCACCGUUUUAAAACGCUACCAGAAUUUAAAGCCCAUCGGCUCCGGAGCUCAGGGAAUCGUUUGUGCGGGUUAUGACGCUGUCCUCGACAGAAAUGUGGCCAUCAAGAAGCUCAGCAGACCGUUCCAGAACCAGACGCACGCCAAAAGGGCAUACCGCGAGUUGGUGCUUAUGAAAUGUGUCAAUCACAAAAAUAUUAUCAGUUUAUUAAACGUCUUCACGCCGCAAAAAUCAUUAGAGGAAUUCCAAGAUGUGUACCUAGUCAUGGAGCUGAUGGACGCCAACCUGUGCCAGGUGAUCCAGAUGGAGCUGGACCAUGAGAGAAUGUCCUACCUUCUCUACCAGAUGUUGUGCGGCAUCAAGCAUCUUCACUCGGCGGGAAUUAUUCACAGGGACCUGAAACCAAGCAAUAUAGUGGUAAAGUCAGACUGCACUCUCAAGAUCCUGGAUUUCGGACUGGCUCGGACUGCCGGCACUAGCUUCAUGAUGACCCCUUAUGUAGUGACGAGAUACUACAGAGCACCCGAGGUUAUCUUGGGUAUGGGUUACAAAGAGAAUGUGGACAUAUGGUCGGUGGGGUGCAUUAUGGGAGAAAUGGUGCGCCACAAAAUCCUUUUCCCCGGGCGGGACUACAUCGACCAGUGGAACAAGGUGAUCGAGCAGCUUGGUACACCGUCGCCAGAGUUCAUGAAGAAGCUGCAGCCCACUGUGAGAAACUAUGUGGAGAACCGGCCCAAGUACGCUGGCCUCACCUUCCCCAAACUUUUCCCAGACUGCCUCUUCCCUGCCGACUCCGAGCACAACAAACUGAAAGCAAGCCAAGCCAGAGACCUGCUGUCAAAGAUGCUGAUCAUCGAUCCUGCCAAACGGAUAUCAGUGGAUGAAGCCUUGCAGCAUCCCUAUAUCAAUGUGUGGUACGAUCCUGCUGAAGUGGAGGCGGCCAGAGAUCUCAUCCAAAUAUCCAUGCCUCCGCCUCAAAUCUAUGACAAGCAGCUCGAUGAGAGAGAACACUCCAUUGAUGAAUGGAAAGAGUUGAUCUACAAAGAAGUGAUGAAUUUUGAGGAGAGAACGAAGAAUGGCGUAGUGAAGGGACAGCCUUCACCUUCAGGUGCAGCCGUGAACAGCAGCGAGAGCCUCCCUCCGUCCUCGUCCAUCAACGACAUCUCGUCCAUGUCCACCGACCAGACCCUGGCUUCAGACACUGACAGCAGCCUGGAGACCUCGGCGGGACCAUUGGGGUGCUGCAGGUGACUAGCCGCCUGCCUGCGCAACCCCGCCUUCUUCCGCCGCUGAGGAAGACGAAGAAGAAGAAAGGCGAGAGGGGUAGAGGAGCGCAAUCGGAAACAAAUGGAAAAUAGGAAAAAUGUGAAACAAUCAAUCGGAGACGAUCAAGCCUGCGCGUUGUCAUGCUAAACAAAAAAAAAAAAAAACAGCAGCGGUAUUUAAAGUUAUACACUAAUGUGGAUGAUCCUCUAGUUGCUUUGCUUCUAUUAGCCCACGUAUAUUGCAUACAGAAAGCAGCUUUGACUUGCAUCUCCUUUAAAUGUAAAAGCAUCACACGCUGGCUGGCUGCUGCUCCCCUGCCGCCCCUUCAAAUGGGCCCCCCAAAAAAACAUUUACACGCUCCUGUCUAUGGACUAUGUGACCUCUCUGCUGUACUUCAUCCAAAACAACCCUUAAAAAGUGUGUGUGCGUGGGUUUAUAAACACACCAUGUCAUGUAAAUAAUGUAAUUGUGUACAGCCGAAGGGCACACGGAGUGGGACUAACGGCCAGUAUGCUGGAAGCUUCUUAUUUUCAUUUUGAUAGAAUGUUUUUGUUGUUUUUUUUUCUUGCUUUAUUUUAUUACACUAAAAAUAAAUAUUUUUUAUGUCAACCUGUGCCACACAGUUGCCUUUUGUCUGAUUCGCAAUUUGUCUUUUAAUCUAAAAAAAAAUUUGAAAAUUAAGCACGAUUUU